CGCGUGUACGCACGAACCCGCGCCAGCGGCCACGCUAUAUAUCUCUCCUGCGGCACGGCUCCUACUCGAAGAUUAUCUAUCCCUGAUCGAUCUGUUCGGAGCUUCCUGCAACACACUUGCGAGUUGACUGCUGGUCGUGGUUCUAGUUUCGAUUCGGGAUGGAGGACUCGGUGGGCGAGCAGGAGAGGAGGGAGCAGGAGGACGCCGUGGCCAUGGCGCAGGGGAAGAAGCGCGGGCGAGAGGAAGAGCAAGAAGAAGCGGGCGGUGGUCGGGUGGUGCAGGGGAAGGAGGAGGUGGUGGCGGUGGCGGUGGUGGAGGAGGCUGGGUUCCUGAGCAGCAUGGCGUCCAAGAUCGGCGCGGCCAUGUCUGGUGCCAACGGGAGCGGCGGCGGCGGCGAGGACGGCGCCGAAGGCAAUGGCAACGGAAAUGUGGUCUCUGCUGCCGCUGACGGCCAGGAUGAGGAGCAGAAAGACAGCAAUGGCGGCGGCGGGAUCUUCCACAGGCUCCUGUCCAGCUCAUCUCCUCCCGCACCGGUCACGGGAACAGAGGAAGAGAAAAGGGGAGGGACAGAUGCGGAGGAAGGCGGAGGCGAGCAGGCUGGCAUACUGAGCGCCAUGGCUUCCAAGAUCGGCAUGGCCAUGUCCGGCGCCAAUGGUCACGGCAGCAGCGCUGAAGACGCCAAGGCAAGCAAUGGAGACGCUGAUCACAGCAAAGGCGAGAGCAAGGAGGAAGAACACGAGUCCAACUCCAACGGGAUCGUCAAGCAGCUCAUGUCCAACCUCCCCACUUCAGAUACCAGAGGGCCGAAUGCUGAAGAGGCUUCCAUGCUCAUCGCCAUAAUCGAAGACUAGACUAGGCACUUCUUCAGGGAGAAGACAUAAGAGGCUGUGAUUUUAGAUCGCCAAACGUGGCCUCUUGAUGCGGAUGUGAACUCUAGGGAUGCUAGUGUAGAUGUUUUCUUGUUGACCUAAGACAUUACAGAUGUUGCACCUUGAUGAAGUGUACUCAACUGUAGUCACAUUUUACUGCUACCUGAGAGAAAUGUUCCUCGCUUGUUUUAUCAGUCUAUCACGCUACAAGUCCGCAAGAUUUCAAGUCAUUGUUUUUUUUGGGUUUCAAGUCUUCUUCCGGUGUGCAGUGAUACACGCAUGUACUUGUUGCAGAUUUGUCUAAAAUAAGAGAGUUCUCUGAAA